AUGCUACCCAUCCCUGCACUUCAAGACGAGAAUGGUCGGGAUCUACUCAGCGGCGACAUAAAUUCCGAUAAAAGCAGCCCUAAAGUUGCGAGGGAAUGGACGAGCGAUGCUCUCCGCGCAUUCGAUCGUGUUUGGCCUGAUCCAGCGAGGAGAAGGCAGCUCAGCUGUUUCCAAACCGACAGUCCUUCAGUUUUUGGUGGCGCAUCAAACAGGACCUCUAUAUCUCGAAGCAGACAGACCUUGCCCCCAGGCAACAACCAUGCUACUCCCCCCAGCGCGAUAUCAGUGGAUCAAUCUCAUCAACAUUGGGAUACGAUGGAACAGGCCUAUCGGCUUUCACGCGAGACGAUAUCCCGAUUCUACAAUCCCGACCGUUUGAAAGAAAAGCUCCUCGGCCCCGAGAACUAUAAGGAAUGGGCGUACUGGAUGAAGAAGAACCUUGAGCAGUGCGAUGGAUUGUGGAUCACUAAUGCUAAUCCUGAGAUACCGGCGCACAGCAAGUUGAGCACACAACCCAUCCAGACCAACCUGAAUCUUUGGAUGACGGUUUUCAGCAACGUGUCACCAUUUAUACAACAGGAACUGCGUGCUCUAAAUGUGUCGGAUGCACAGGAGGCAUGGAAGUUUCUAGAGAAAACAUAUGGGAGAGACAUCCCUAUGAAGAUGCGUUCAGUCAAGGACCUACGCGAUAUCAUGAGUAUCAGAUAUGAAAAGUGCGCAUCACUGGAAGAAUACAUAGAGAAGAUGGUGUUGUGCAGCCGAGCAAUUCAAUGUAACCAUGGAGAGAAAGACUGUGACGACGGAGGGAAAGACAAUGGCCGUGGAAAGAGCCGAAAUCACUUGAGAAUAGAUGGAAAUAACGAAUGGCUAUGGUGCCAGUUCAUCCUGGUGAAUCUUGGUCCAAAGUGGGAGUCUUGGGUCUCUGAGUUAGUGGGGAAAUUCGACGACAAAGAAAGAAAGAAUGUUGCAAUAAGCACCUUCGCAGGGCUCUUUCCAAUCAUCGAAGCAGAACAUGCACGCCGCAUGCAAACUUCGCGUUACACGAAGAAUUGCAGUGGGUGA